AUGUGGAGACGUCUGCAGCCACGCCCACCCUUCAUGGUCAAGGACGAGGUGGUUGUCGCCGAGGGGCACUGGGAUUCAGCUCGGAGCAUGCUCUGCCUCAGGGCGUGCCGUGUGGUGAGCUCUGGGGCGUCCAUGCCGGUGAACAAGGAGUGCGACAUGGGCAUGAGCUUCUGGUUCCCGGGAGUCUGGACGAUUCGGGAUCGGAGUGCCGUCGCCGGCAUGCUUUGGAACUCGAGCAGAGCGGCUGAUGGCGCCAACGAUGCCUCUGGUGUCAAUGGUGUGAAACGACUGUCGAGCAUCGAUGUCAGCAUCCAUAGAGGCAACUUCUCAGAAGUGAAGUACGACUACACGAUGGUGGAGGAGGCGAAGAAGCAUUAUCUCCAGGAUCCUGUAUCGGGCAAGCGCAAGAAGAAGGUUAAGGGGCCGUUCGUUGCUCCUAACUACACCGAUCAUGACUUCGAGUUUCAUUUCUACGAGACUAAAAGCAUGAUGAUGCUGAGUGGAGACGCCUACCCGGUUACGAUCGGCUCGGCGAUGGUCUAUGGUGAUCAGCUGGCCGCCGACGAUUCCUUCUCCCGGCACGCCGUGGUCGACAUGAAUUCGCAGGAGCUGUUGACCGUCAGCUACGACAUCCGUGAGCAGUUUCCACCUGCGGGCUGGGUGCGUCCCAAGAACGGGACGUACGGGGUCACCCUUGAAGAACGGCGAAUGGCAGCAGAGGGUGUCUUUGAUCCGAAGACGGGCAUCCUGUGCAUGAUCGCCUGCCGAGAGUACAACAGCUCGACGACGGACUGCCAGAUACUGGUCACCGUUUAUUUAGCCUCGCUGGACGGGAAGGCGCAAGGCCAUGGAAGGGGAGCGAUCAGCAGCCUGAGGAACAAGACGGACCCUCUCUUCUUUGACAAGGUCGACAUCAGGUUGUUCGGGAUGUACUCCGACCAGAUCUCGGAGUCGAUCUCGAGGAUGGACUUGGAGAGCAUCCUGCUGGUGAUCUCGACGACGCUGCCGUGCGUCUUCACCGUCCUCCAGAUCUUCCACGCCAAGAGGAGACCCGAGGCGGCGGCGGCCACCUCGGUCGCCAUGCUCGUCGUCCUGGUCCUGGGGUACGUCGCCCCUCUGGUGGUCAGCUCCGAGGCUCUGUUCCUGAGCCGGAGGAGGCAGUGCUUUGACUGUAGGAACAGUAGGAUCGUAGAUCUAGCCAUUGCCAUAGACUGA